AUGAGAAAGGGACUGGGUUCGAGUCUCACAGAGGAAAGACGGUCUCCUGUCGGGGUCCUGAUGCCAGUAUUCAGUCAUGAGCUGCACCAUCUCAUCCAGACCUUUGGUCUCGCAGCGGUCUAUGGAGGCAAAGUCCUUUCAGAGAAUUUGGCAUUAAAAGGAACAGCUGUACAGUCGUCCACAUUUUCCACCUGGUGGGCUUCUAAUGCCAUCGACGGCAUCAGAUACGCUCCAGGUCCAGCCUCAACCUGCUCACACACAGAUAACGAGCUCAGCCCGUGGUGGAGGCUGGACCUGCUGGAUUCUUAUCACAUUUACAACGUGACCAUCACCAACAGAGUCGACUGCUGUCCAGAGCGAACGACUGGAGAAGAGAUCCGCAUCGGAAACUCUCUGGAAAACAACGGCAACAACAAUCCCAGAUGUGGUGUCACUUCAUCUCUCCCAGCAGGCAGUUCUGUCAGUUUCUCUUGUGGAGGAAUGGAAGGUCGUUAUGUGAACAUGUACCUCCCUAACAUCCAGGCUCUUGCGCUGUGUGAGGUGGAGGUUUAUGGAACAGUCAAGAAGCAGGUGAUCCGAAUGCAGGUGAAAGCUGCUGAGAAUGUGGAAUAA